AUGGAGCGUGUCUUUUCCAAGUGCGGCAUCCUCGCCGAGGAAUCAAUCAACCGCUAUCACAACCCGGACACCGACAGCUGGGGCAUUUUGCUGCUGGGUAACAUCCUCGUCGACCCGGGGAACCUCGAGGCCACUAGAAGACCCAUCGUCUACCUCGCUCACGAGCCCCUUGAGGGCGACAAACACUUCGAGGCGGGGCGUUGCGAGUAG